GUUUCAUGUUGUUUCAUUUUCAUUUACUACAUCAUAGUGAAUGCUUUGUUUUAUAGUACUUUGCGACUUCAGAAGCGGCUGGCAGCCAGUGUCCUUAAAUGCGGAAAAAAGAAGAUUUGGUUGGAUCCUAAUGAAACUAAUGAAAUUGCUAAUGCCAACUCACGUGAGUGUUUGUUUCUGUUUUUGAGCCUUGUUUAACCCUUCUCAAGAAAGCCCUUAUGAAAAGAAAAUCCAGUGUUUGUCAAGUGGUGGUUAAUGUCAAGUAGUCAUGAUAAAGAAAACCUGACAUUGUUUCCGACAUUCAGGCUGGGUUUGUUCCUAAGAUGAUGAGCACAAAAAAAAAAUAGAGCUGGGUACCAUGACAACUCAUAUGCUCUGUUUGUUGUUAACUCAGGAGUACUGCUAGCGGUGCUUUUAACAACUUGGCCUGGUUGAAUAUUAAGCUGUUUUGAAAUUGGACAGUCCUUUUAUCAUUAACAUUUCUAUUUUUUUUUUUUUUUUUUUCAAAAAAAACUAUUUUGUAAUGCAUACCCGACCCUCACUUUGACAUCAGUAGCAGUAUUUUUCUUUUACCAUGAAAACCUUGUCAGAGCAACAGCAUAGUUUGGUUACAUGAAUUUAAAGCAAGUUUAAUAAGUCAUUUCUCUUGCAUUUUUAAGGCCAAAAUAUUCGUAAACUUGUCAAAGAUGGUCUGAUCAUCAAGAAACCAACAAUUAUCCAUAGCCGUGCUCGUGUUCGCAAGGCUGAUGAAGCCAGAAAGAAGGGUCGACACAGCGGACACGGUAAAAGAAAAGGUACUGCCAAUGCACGUAUGCCUGAAAAGGUCAUCUGGAUGAGGCGUAUGCGAGUGCUGAGAAGGCUGCUGCGAAAAUAUAGAGAAGCUAAAAAGAUUGAUAACCACAUGUACCACACCCUUUACAUGAAGGCCAAGGGAAAUGUGUUCAAGAACAAGAGAGUAUUAAUGGAGUACAUCCACAGGAAGAAGGCUGAAAAGCAGCGUGCCAAACUUCUCAGGUGGGAACUUCUGUUGCAUGUAACAUUUGUAAUAAUGUAUGAGGACUGUUCUGUAGUAUUGUAUUGUUUUGUGGUUGAUUGUUCUUAUCUCAUCAACUUAGAAGCAUUGCAACACACUUUUCGUAUAUACAGGGUUCAUAUGCGUCUUGAAAGCCCUUGAAUUUUAGAACCCUUUUUCAAGGCCUCUAAAGUCCUUGAAAUUCUCCUUCAGUCAUUUUGGUCCUUGAAAGUCCCUGAAUUUUAGUCAAAGAACAUUUUCAAACCCCAGAAGAACUUUGGAAAAUACCAGUUUGAAACUAACAGAGUAAAAUCAGCAUUGAUAAAAUGAAAGUCAGGUAUUGACUUACAAAUGAGUUUUCUGAAAAAAAGGUUGCCCCUAAGGGCAAAAGCCCAUUAUUAUCGGAUUAUAUUCAUGGUUUAUUUGGAACGUGUGGAAAGUCCUUGAAAGUCAUUGAAAAGUCCUUGAAUUUUAUAUGGGAGGAAGUGAACCUCGCAAUUUAGUACAGAGAGACUUUGUUUAUUAUUAUUUUCUACCUUUAUGAACAGACACCAGGGCUCGAAAUUGAAACUCACUGGUCUCCAGUGCGACUAAAAUUUUGGGUUCUGGCGACUACAUUUUAAGACCUGGUCGCCAGUUAGCGAGUCAUCUUCUGUUUCAAUAAGAAACACGUAACCCCUUGUCCCGGAUCUCUAAUUAAUAUAGUAAUGUGUCUCCCAGAGUUAAAACGAAUAAGAGCUCUGCGUCUUCCAGCAACUCAAACCCCACACGCGCAAAUUACAUUUUGUUAGAGGGAAGCAUAGAUAAGGCAAGAGUUAGAAUGUACGUGUUUUGACAUAUGUGAGUUUGCCCCUAUUGCGAUGUUAGACUUUAACAUCUUCUUAUGUUCCUCUUACACGUCUCCGUAGCUGGAUAGUCCCACUGUUAAGAUAGUAGUCUUGUCUUCUUAACGUUCCCCCUACAUCAGUUCAUCCGAUGUUAGUCAGUGUCUUCUUAUGUACCUUCAUUGUUGGAUCCAAUGGUGUUAGUUUCUUGUCUUUGACGUUUACCUUAAUGUUAGUUAAUUCAUUGCAUGACAUAAAGCCAAAGUUGGACACUAGUUCGUCAGUCAUAAGGUGUUGGUAGUGUCUAGCCUUCAUUUUAAUCACAUUUGAUUGUAAAAAUGUCAAGUGAAAAUCUAGAUUUUAUCAGAACGUAACAUAACAAAACAUAGCCUAAAUAGAGCAUGCAUUUUACUGUUUUGAGAAGAAAAGCUGCUUCACGUUAGUCUGUGACAAUCAACAUCAGCCUCCACUAGUAAAACUAUACUCCUACAACACAUCAAUAGGACCCUUAGAUGGCUUUUUUCCCAACUUUUUAAGGGCUCAAAACAUGGUUUGAGUUAUCAAGGGUAAAAUUAUAUAGAAAAUGACCUGAGGGGAAACAAAAAUUGGUUCUAGUUAGCGGGAGUUUAAGUUAAUGAGGGUUCGAGUUACUGAGGGUAAAAUUACAGUGAUUGUGUGACGGAAUUGCAGGGGAAAUCGAUUUUGGUUCUAGUUAGUGUGACAUUCGAGUUAGCGAGGGUUUGAGUUAGUGGGAGUCGAUUGUACAAAAUAUGGGCUCAGGGCACAGAUUCUCUGUUUUCACAAUGUCUUCAGUUGUCCAAUCUUAAAUAGCAUAUGGGUGCAUGACCUGUACUUUCCUUCAAUGCUGGACAAAGUAGUUGGGACACUUGGUUGAUUACCCCCACCUCCCCCUUCACAAAGUUGAAAAUUGCUCAAGCUUUCCCAAACUGUUCUUUUAACAACUUUGAAAGGGGGCAAAAGGACUGCACUGUGCAAGCUCAAAAAAUCGGAAGUGUCCCAAGGUUUUUAGACUGGGAUAUGUAGAGGCACAUUCAUUUACUGCUCAUGUUAUCUGUUAACAAUCACAUGUUUCCUUGGAUUUGUGUCUGUGAGACAUCAUUGUCCUUUUUGCCCUUAGUCUUUUAGUUGCCUAAUGUCUAAGUAUUGCACACUAUUAAGCCGGCCUUGCCUUCUUUUUAUGAAGGAUGGGUGACUAAGUGUGCAAACAGCAACAAAGGAGUUUUUCUGACUGAUCUGAGAUUGCAUUAUCUGUGAUUGACUUCAGUCCUGGGCUCCUCUCACAUACUUCUGCCAUGUAUUUUCUUUUACAAACUCUUUGUUAGCAAAGCACAGUCAGGCAAGCUAUAGAUUAGCCUGUGUCACAGACUGAAAUAAACAGUUACUUCUGGCUAAAUCCAUUUGCAAAAUGGCCCUGAUCCUUGUGCUUGGCUUCUGCCUUUGUACCAGGAUUUGAGCACGCACCGUGAUUGGCCUGUUAAACAAGCCAUUGUUAAUUUGCCAAUCAGGUUAAAAGGAAAUUCAAAAUGCAUCCAGUAAUUUGUUGAGUCCGCUGGGGGAGGGGAACAAAGAUAUCGGCGCUGCUUCGCAGACAUUGGUAACUGGGUUUAGAUUACAUCUGCAAUGAAGGCUAUUUAUGGAUUAGAUAACCUUUUUAAUACCAAGGAUUUAAUGGGGUAAAAUUUAAAACUGUAAAUUUAUUUUAUCAGAAGUUAUAACACCUCCAAACUAACCAGUUCUGACAACUUCUCUUUGGUUACAGUGAUCAAGCUGAGGCUCGUAGACAGAAGAACAGGGCAGCCAAACAGAGGCGUGAAGAACGCCAGGAGCAGAAAAGAAAAGAGAUGAUCCAACAGUUUGCCAAAGAGGAAGAGGCAGCUAAAUAA